AUGGGAGGGGAAGUGGGCGGAGCUUGUGGAGAACUUUGUCCUAGUUUUGAAAAACAAGUGGGGUAUAAAUAGGAAGGGUCCAGGGGAGUUUUUAUCGAUCUCAGACAACUGGAGAGAAAAUCUGCACUGACUGACUGAAGACUGAGAAAAAACAACACACGGUGUUGGUGGAGAGGAGUGAUGUGGAGGUCUCUGGGCCUCACCCUGCUGGCCAGCCUGUUGGUGGCCUGUGGGGGUGAGAGUGAGACAGAUGGAGCGAGAUGUAAACCUGCAGCUGUGUGGAAGGUCGGUGAUGUGGAGCCGCUGAAGAACAGCCUGGGACGAGUGACCGUGGUGGCCUUCCUCCAGGCCAGCUGAUUGUUCUGCCUGUCGCAGGCCGCCAGACUGGACGACCUGCGCAAGAAGCUGGAGGAUGCAGGCUUAGCAAACAUCACGUACAUGGUGGUGAACAGCCAGGAUGGAAACUCAAUCCGUCUUCACUCUCUGCUUGAGAAGAAACUCUCAGAUAACAUUGACCUGUACAAGCAAAACCCUGAAGAUCCUGACGUGUGGAGCGUAGCCAAUGCUGAGAAGGACGACAUCCAGAUCUAUGACAGAUGUGGACGUCUCACACAUCACCUGUCUCUGCCGUAUACGAUCCUGAGCCAGCCGCACGUGGAGGAAGCCAUCAGAAACACCUACUGCACCGCUGUGUGUGGAGACUGUGAGCUGGAGCACUCUGAUCACGUAGAGGCAUGUAACAGGACCACGGAGGAGAAAACAGAGGAGGAAUCUCCACAAACAGAACAUCAUCAUCAUCAUCACCACCACAGCCACCAUGGGGGUCAUCACCAUGAAGGUCAUCACCAUGGCCACCAUCCCCAUGGGAGUGGAGCGAGGCAUAGUCAUGGUGGCUCAAGUCACCAACAUGGCCAGGACGGCCGAGUUAUUGUAGGACAAAUGCAAAGAGGCUCUUUCGAUCUGAGCCAGGUUGAGAGGAGGCAGUUUGAUUUGGGUCAGGCCCAUGUGGGGCAGAUAGAUUUGGGCCAGGUUGGAAUUGGACAUCUAGACCUGGGGCAUGUAGCUGAUGAUGUAGGGAACCAGCACGUGAUGCAGCGUCCCUGAGCUUCCAGGUGAAAAUUCCCAUUCCUGUGUCAGCAGGGGGCGCUCUCCGACCCCUCCAGCUGAUGCUGACACUGACGGCGUCUGAUUGGCCAGCACCUUAAUGUGAAGCCAAUCUGACACUGUGCUGAGCCUCUGGCUGCUCCCUGUCUCUGACAGGGCCUCACAGUGGACCAGAACAACGUCAGGGAAACCUGACAGUGACGAUCCGCCCACGUGGGUGAUUGACAGCAGGCUCAGCCAGUCUGAGACUGACCUGCAGGGAUUAGCCAAUGAGAAUGACAGGUGAUAUAAGCAGGGACGAGAAUUUAAAUGGAUGACACACUAGCAACUUUCUGUUUAGAUCAGCAGCACCCUCUGGUGGUCAAAAUCUGACCAAUUACAGACCUGAAUUUCAUCCAAAUUCUUUGUUAAGCGGCAGUUUUAGAUUUAAACACCAUCCUUUAGUACAAAUUGUCUCAGCUGACUGCUAACUGAAAUGUAUAGCAAAUAGCUAAUAUUAAUAACUAAUAAAAUAUUAUUAGUAACUCAACCUGCUACAGAAAGUUGCCAAUGUAUCAAAGUAUCACCUGAAACCCUGACAGGAAAUCACCAACAAGUAUUGACCCCCCAGUUUGUCCCAGAAAUGAACCACCACCUCUUCCUCUAAUUAGUGAUCUAACCCUCAUAACACAACAGCUACUAAAGAUACUGAGGAACCAAACACACUCAGUAUGUACAAUAAAUUAGGUGAUGUGUUGGUUCAUGCUGGUGGCGAUCUGAGCGGCCAUGUUGGCAUGUUCCUCCUCCGCUGUGACUCUCUGUUGCUUUAAUGAUGUCAGAUGCAGAAACUACACUGUAGUGGCGUCUGUCUGAUCCUCAGCCAAUUAGAGAGAACGAGGAACAUCACACAACAUGAACACUGGAAAUGUAGAAGAUUUAGGAGUGAGCAUUUUUUUUAAAAAUUAAACGAAUAAUUAUGAUUAACAUGGGUCAUAACAUUUAAUAUUCAGCAUUAUAUAACACUUCUAUGUCUGGCUAGCUACAUGCUAGCAAUUAGCACUGGGUCUUAAAAGGGUUAUAAUUAGUAAAUAAAUAAAUCUUUGCUACAUGCUAGUUAACAUAAUGUAGAAGCUAAGCUUACUGAAAAUAUCUGCAGGAUCUACAAUACAUAUCAUCUUACACACACACACACACACACACACACACACACACACACACACACACACACACACACACACACAAUAUUAGGCGUGUGAGACAUUUUGAGUACUAUAUGAAGGUUUUCUGGGAAAGUUCAUUCAACCAGAAACCCUGAUGCCCAGUAGAAGAAAUGUUUACACUCACACUAAUCAUGAUGGAGUGUGUGUGAGUGUGUGAGAGAGUGUGAGUUGUGUGUGUGUGUGUGUGUGUGUGUGAGAGAGCGUGUGAGUUGUGUGUGGGUGUGUUCUCAGAUUAAAACUGUAUUGGAAUUAUGUUAAACUUUCAGAAAUAAACGUGUUCCCUGAA